CCGCCUCAACUGAUUUCGAUCUGUCAAACUAACGCCGCAUUCUUUGAACCAAAACAAAACACACCGCGAAUUAUUUCAAAUUGCGUGAAAAAGUUUAUUUUGUUGUUGCUCUCGUUGAGAUUUUGUGUUCUCCACUAAAUUAUUGAAUAUUCAGCAUCCAUAGAUCUGCUCCCAAUCGUGUGCGGUUCAGUGAAAAUCGUUCCAGGUUAUGCCCAAGCAAACCACUGCCGCGAAUGCCAGUUGCAGCGGAAAUAUGCGCACCGAUCCAGCCUCAGUCAGCAGUUCCAACUUAACCGGCAGUUCCGGAUCGACCAUGGAACAGCACCCAGAAGCAGCGACCGGGCUGAUAGACAUCGACGGUUACCGGCGAUUGAUGAAAAGCUUUAUGGAUAUGCGUCGAUACCAGACAGCCCUCUUCUGGGCGGAGAAAGUGACUGUUUUGAGCAACUACGACCCGCGGGAUGUGUACUGGCAGGCUCAGUGCAUGUUCCUGCUGCGGGAAUACCAUCGAGCCGCGUACAUAAUCCGUAGCCGAGGAUUGGACAAGCGGAAUCUGCUGUGUCACUAUUUGGCGGCGGAGUGUCUUUCGGAAGCCAAGGAAUACCAGGAGGCGCUGGACAUUUUGAAUUCGGUCGAUUGCGAAGUGCUAGCGAAUAAUUUGGGAGCGGGUAGGAAGGAUGAAUCCACCGUUGGGGAGGAUCCGGUGUUCGAUGAACCCAACAAAAGCGACGUAUUAGCAUCGAUAUACUUCUUGAAAGGAAAGAUCCUGGAAGCCAUGGACAAUCGGAUCCUUGCGAUGGAUUGCUACGUGCAAGCCCUGCAUCGAUCGGUGUACUGUUCGGAAGCAUUGGACGCUUUGGUCCAGCAUGAGAUGCUCAUGGCAUGGGAGGAGAAAGAACUUAUGCAGCACAUCCCCAUGGACCAGCAGUGUUCUGAAGCUGAGAGAAAAAUCCUAAAACGACUAUAUGAAAGUAAGCUUAAAAAGUAUUACGAGUCGAUAGCCCCUCGAACCAACAUCGAGCAAACCCCGAUCGGAACGAUGAGCACAGAUUUGUUGCAUGAACUAACCGAAAAGAUGAAAAAUAGCAAAAACAUCGAAAGUAAUAAAUCGGCUGCGCCAUCCAUACCAAAGUGUUUCACGACCCCGCUUCCGAACAAGAUCAUGUCACCAGCGAAUAAAAUUCUGGACGAAAUCAAAAAUUCUCCCUCCUACUUGAUACAGUCGUCGCUGUCGAGGGCGUCUUCCGUUCUCGGGUCAGGUGGUGGUGGAGGCGGAGGAGGAAGCACAGCCAGGCAGGAAACGCCCUAUCGAAUCAAUCGGCCGAUCAGCAUGAAGAGCCCAUCGGCGAUCAAUCUCCAGAGCUGCGUCGAUCGAUUAGACAAUUGUGUGGAUCUUGUAGUGUCCAAGGCGGAAAAGUACUUCUACAAUUGUGACUACAAAAAAUGCAUGAAGAUCAUCGAUGAAAUUCUCAAACGAGACCCUUACCACAAGCGCAGCCUGACCGUCCAGAUCGGCUGUCUCAUGGAGCUCAAGGACUUCAACAAGCUCUUCUACGUAGCCCAUAAGCUGGUGGAUUUCUAUCCGGAUGAUGCGAUAUCAUGGUACGCCGUCGGGUGCUAUUACGACCUCAUAGGGAAAAGCGAUCCGGCCCGGAGGUAUCUCUCCAAGGCUACGACGUUGGAUCGUCUCUACGGACCGGCAUGGUUGGCCUAUGGGCACUCCUUCGCUAAAGAAAACGAACAUGACCAAGCCAUGGCUGCGUACUUCAAGGCGACCCAGCUGAUGCGCGGAUGUCACUUACCGUUGCUGUACAUCGGCGUAGAAUGUGGACUUACCAAGAAUUUGGAGAUGGCAGAGAAAUUUUUCUAUCAGGCUAUGGCCAUAGCUCCGUUGGAUGUUUACGUACUGCAUGAGCUGGGUGUGCUAAAGUUCGAGUACGAGCUGUACGAAAGUGCCGAAGAAGUGUUCCGAACCACGCUGGACAUGGUGCAGAGUAUGGCCAAGGCGAAUCGGGAACCGAUCUCCAUUCGAUGGGAGCCGUUGCUGAACAACUUGGGGCAUUGUUGUAGGAAGAACAAAAAGUAUGAGGAAGCGCUGGAGUUUCAUAGGCGGGCUUUGUUUUUGAAGCCGUUGAGUGCGUCGACAUACACGGCUAUUGGAUUUGUUCAAUCGUUGAUGGGCAAUCUGGAUGAGGCGGUCGAAUCAUUCCACAAAAGUUUAUCGCUGCGAAGGGACGAUGUUUUCACGACGACAAUUCUGAAGUAUGUGAUAGAAGAUCUCGCCGAAGAGGCACCAUUGCCGUUCUACGGGGAAGGGGAGGAAGGCGAAUUUGAGGAUAAAGAAGAUGGUGGCAAUGAUACGCGAGGAGAUGAUGAUAUGGAUGAGGACGGAAAACCAGUGGUUCCUGGUGGAGACAGCAACGAGGCAGAUGCAGUUCCUGUGCGGCUGAAGUUGAAGUUCGACGAAUAUGACUCGAACGCUUCGCCUGCUAGUGAUACCAGCGUGGAUGACAUGAGUAUGGAUCUGUAAGGUGUUGUCUGGGGUACGAGCUUGGAAGGGUGAGUAUAGUGAGAUUCAAUUGCCGCAUAUUUAUUCUAGAAAAGUUCAAUAUAACUCAUUAAAAUACAAA